CUUCCGGUUCCUGGUCUGUCUCUUCCCAGCUUCUGUGACUCUGUCACUCACUGUCUUCGUCCAGGCUCAAGAAGUAAAAAGAUGGUGUUCUAUUUCACUAGUAACGUUGUAUCACCUCCCUACUCCAUAUACAUGGGAUUUGACAAGAAUGAAAAUGAAGAUUUGAUACGAUGGGGAUGGCCCGAGGAUGUAUGGUUUCAUGUGGAUAAAUUAUCUUCAGCUCACGUGUACCUGCGGUUACAUCCAGGCGAGAUGAUCGAUGACAUUCCUCAAGCUGUUAUUGAUGACUGUGCUCAGCUGGUCAAGGCAAAUAGUAUUCAAGGAAACAAACAAAAUAAUGUAGAUGUCGUUUACACCAUGUGGGCUAAUCUGAAGAAGACAGCAAGUAUGGAUGUUGGACAAGUUGGGUUCCACAAAGACAAAGAGGUGAAGAAAGUUGGAGUGGAAAAAAGGAUCAAUGAAAUCGUCAAUCGCUUGAACAAGACAAAAACGGAAGACAAACCAGACUUCCGGGCUUUGAGGGAAGAGCGGGACAGGAAAGAAAGAGAAAGUCAAAAGAAGGUACAACAGGAGCAGAAGCAGCGGGAAAAGGAAGAAGAGAAACGGAAACAAGAACAAGCAGAACUUAGGUCCUAUAAUAAUCUAAUGCGGUCAGAAAAUAUGUCGUCGAAUAAGGACAAUCUUGGAGCUGAUGACGAUGACUUUAUGUAAAUUGAAGAUAGCUGCCCUGGGAGUGACAUGUGAACCUGUUUUCCUCGAUCUCGAAGAAGGAUGGCUGAGAUAGACGACCAUAGAGCUUCCUGCUACUGCAUCAACUGACCUUUCUGUUUUUCAGACCUAUAGCAGAAAAGUGCAAUUUUACGCUCAGUUUAUAUAUAUAUUGAAAGAAAACUGUGCAAAGUUUGUGUGUCAACUGCAGCUCAGUAUUUUGUGCACAAUUAACAGCUUAGAUAUAUCAAAUAACAUUUCUCUUGUUGUGAAGGGGUGGAGAAGAGGGGAGUGGGGGGGGGGGUGUUUAGGUUUUGAAAGUUUUCCAGUGUCCAUAUGCUUUUGUGUUGUCAAAAUUGUAUUUAGUUUCUUAAAAACCUCUUUGGUUAUGUUUAAAUUUGUGAUAAUUUUGUUUUUCCAACAUUCGUAACAGGUUCCUUUACACACGGAUACGGGAACUUGAAUGUGCUGUAGUAAUGUAUUAUAAUUUUGUUCCUUUCGACUUUAAUUUUAUCAUGAUGCAUCCAGUGCACGCUUGAGCAUACUCUACCGUCCGUUACCCUUCUGCUCACCAAACGUAGAUCUUGGCAAGCAGUGGUGCAAAUCUAGCGGUCUCCUCAAGAGAGUUCAGAGGCGCUGGUCCUGUCACAGGUCCUACAAAGCUCAAGGGGAUAGGGCACAAAGCACAAAGAGUUAAAAAUCAUGUUUCGGUGGAUAUUCUUUUGAAAGAGGUAGAAGUACGGCCGAAAGGAGAGUGAUAUCCGAGAGAAGUUGUUGAGAGGGGAGAAAAACAAAAAUGUGAGUUGUCGGACAGUUACAGGGUCACUUCCAUACUAUCAUCAUUCUUACAGUGCCAGGGAUUAUGGGUAAAUUAUGAAAGUGAGCAUUGUAAGCAAAAUGUGCGUUGAAUCUUAUUACGUAUGUGGGCAUGAUUUCAUGAAGUGCAUUAUGUGAAUAAAAUGUACAUGAUUUGUUUGA